UUCACACCUUUUGUUUUUAUUUCAGGUCCUUGUGUGCUGCCUUUUCGCCUAUGUGGCUUGCGGAGUUGUCGUCGAGAACGUGCACGUACCUCAGCCAUACAACUUCGGCUAUGACAACGUCGACGAGUUUGGCACCCGCAUGACCCGUCAGGAGACCGGUGAUGCGUUAAACAACAAGGUCGGCUCCUACAGCUACGUGGACGCCCACGGCGUUGCCCGCACCGUCAACUAUGUUGCCGACGCUCUUGGGUUCCGUGCCACUGUUGAGACCAAUGAGCCAGGCACCAAGACCUCUGCCCCAGCCGACGCCCCAACGUAUUCCUCCGCUGUCGAGGUUGCAGCUCCAGUUGUCGUGAAGGCUGUUCACCCUGCCCCAGUUGUGGUCAAGGCUGUCCAUCCUGCCCCAGUUACCUACACCCACAGGGUUGCUCCGCUGGCCUACAGCACCGUUGCUCGCGCUCCUCUCGGCUACACUCUUGGUCACCCCACAAUCGUUUAGUUACGCGAAAUCGUAAUUAAAUCAAUAUCGAAGAGAGUGAAAAUAUAGCUUCUGUCCUGAUAAAAAUAUUAUGUUUAUGGUGCACAGUAAAAUGAUAUCACUGCAA